CAUCUUGUUCACUAAUACAACAGAUAGAAUAAGUACAGAAACAAAAUGGCAGGCAGACAGCAGGUAGACAUCUCUCAACUGCAAAUUCCUCAGCUGAAUCAGCUGACCCAACAACUUGACCAGGAGAUAGAAUUCUUUACAAGUUCUUUGAAUCAGCUGAAGCUGGCUCAGAAUAAGUUUGUGGAAUCGCAGGAAUGUUUGAACAAGUUGAACCCUGAUAAUCUCAGCAAAGACAUCUUGGUUCCACUGACAAGUUCAAUGUAUGUACCAGGAAAUCUGAGUGAUGUUGAGAACAUUCUGGUGGAUAUAGGAACAGGUUACUAUGUAGAAAAGACAGUAGACGACGGGAAAAGCUAUUUCAAACGUAAAAUAGAAUAUAUCACAAAACAGAUUGAGAAAAUCCAACCAGUGCUACGAGAAAAAUAUGCCAUGAAACAAGCGACUGUGGAUAUACUACAGGCCAAAGUUCAAGCUCAAGUUCAAGCUCAGAUGUCAGGAGCUGCCAAGUCGUGAGGAUGUCAAAUUUGAAUUGUGCUGUUCCCCAACAAAGUGUAACCAUGUUUAUAGUGCUACAGUCUGUCGGCUAGCUCAUUGAUAGAACUUUAGUCCUUAACAGGACUCCUGGAACAGUGUCUGGAGUUUUUGUUUUACAGUGACUGAUGAUGUCCUAUCAGCAUCUUUUGUACAGAGUUGACAUGGAGAAGGAAAAACAACAAAAAAUUGUCUCAUCAAGAUGACAUAAUUUCUGGUUGAUUUGAGUUGAUUAACCAUUGAAAAUAUUAGUCUUGUAAAGCCUUCUUGUUGUUUGGUGCUAUUGCCUGCAACAUGGGUAAUGUAUUGAUCACUGAUACAGUCAUCCAUUAUGUAAACAAUAGAACUCAAAAGUAAACAGUUUCAUUACUUGUAUGUCUCUUGUAGUUUCAUUGGCUAAAUAUAUCUGUCCAGUCAUCCAAACAAAAUAUGUUGUUCAGACAAGACGUUAUGUCUUGAAGAGAUCAUUCUUUAGUUUCGAGCUUGAAUUGCUCUUUGUUUUUCACACUGUAAAACCUGAUAAUUUUCAUACUUCAGAAACGUUUUGUCAUGCCAAAGCUUGAAAACAUUUUGGUAUGUUGUUUUCUAGUGUAGUGGUAAUGAAAGAGACUAACACAAACAUAAUUUUAUAAAGUCUCCAUACCUUAUUUUCUAAAAACAAGUAAUCCUUUAAGAAAUAAAGCUGGCAGUUAAACAAGAGAGGUAACUCUUCUUAGGCAAAGAGUUACCUCGCUGGUGGAAGUGGUUAAAGCACUGGCUGGGUGCAAGUGUCAAACCUUUGACCACUUAGGUCUAGUGUUCAAAUCCAGUACCCGUUGGCUUGGAUCCAGCUUUAAGUCAGGAGGGUUGUUGUGUACCUGUUGAAGAUGUAUGGUUUACCUCAGGCAUUCCGGUUUCCUACAACCAUUAACCUUGCCGCCGUCAUAUUAGUGAAAAGUCCUUGUACAUUGAGCAUAAUCAAAUGUAUGUUACCGGCAGAUGAAGGGAACCUUCGUAUUUGGUGUCCAAAGGAAAGUGACUGAACCUUGAUAAAUGAGGUCGUGUGCGUGAAUCCAGCUUGUGUUUAUGUGGUUAUGUCUUAUUCUGGAAUAUCGUCAU